AUGGCUUCAAAUUUUUUUAAUGAAGUACAUGAUCGAGAACAUGCUAUAUUUUUUUUAACAGCAGCCAAUGGUGGUAAUGUUAUAAGUUACCAGGAUGCCGUACAAUUUGCAUUAAGAUUAGGUUUAAAUAUAAUGAUAAUUGAACAGGCUGCUCUCUUAUCAGAUUUUUUUAAUGGUGGUAGUGUUUAUGAUUGGAAAAGAUUUUGUACAUUUGCCUAUCUUUGUAGAGCUAUAAAACAAGGAUAUAUUUUAACAACACCAUUAGAUUUAAAAUGGAGACAGGUACCAAUACCUAAUCUUGAAACAAUAAAACUUCAAUUACAUUCUAUGGGUAUAACUUUUGGACCCAUUAAUAAACAAAAUGUUGGAGUAUAUCAAUCUUCAACACCAACACCAUUUGAUGAAAGAAAAUCUGGUGAAAAUUGGAAUUUGUCAGCAAAUUUAAAAGCAAAAUAUGCUCAAAGAUUUAAUCAAUUAGACAGUCAACGUAAAGAUUAUUUAGAUCAAAAUGUAGUUACAAGAGUAUUAAGAGAAUCAAACUUGCCGAAUCAUGUUUUAGCAAAAGUAUGGGAAUUUUGUUGUGGUAGUGGUCCAAUUUCAAGAGGAAGAUUUAUAGCUGCUGUAUUUAUGGCAGAAAAAUUGGCUGAAGGUUAUACAUUACCAUCAAGAUUACCUGAAGAAUUGGUAUCUGUUAUUACUGGAAUGCCAAUAACAUACAGUCCUACAACAAUUCAAACAAUGAAUCAUUGUCAUGGAGGUAUGACAUUUGAAGAAAAAAGGAUGGAUAAUUUAAAAAGAAGUGAAGCUGUUUUACAACCACGUAGAGAAGCAUUAUUAGAACAAGAACAAGCCCAAAAAGCACUACUUAUGCGCAAACAAGAAGAGGAAAGAAUAAGAAGAGAACAAGAACAACAAGAAUUAGCAAAACAAAAAUUAAUUGAAACAUUAAAAUAUGAAGUAAAAGAAUUAGAUGGUAAAAAGAAAGACUUAACACGUCUUGUUGAGAGGUUAAAUGAAGAAAAUUUAAAUAUUCAACAUGAUAUUGAGAAAGCUGAAUUUACCCUACAAGGAAUUGAAGAGAAUACUAAAGAGUUAUCUUCUGAAUUUCAAAAAGAUGUUGAAAUAUUUCGUAAUAUGACACAAGCUCAUACAGAAGCUAAGGCAAAUUUUGAAAAAUGUAUAACUGAAAUUGAUAAAUAUACUAAAGAAAUUCAUUUAUUAGCACAAGAAAUUGCCCAAAAUUCUCAUGAAAUGCUUCAAUUAAAAUCUCGUUUUGCUUCAAAUCCAGAACUCGUUCAAUUAGAAGAAACAAAAAAUGAAUUAUCUCAAGAUAUUGAACAUUUAAAAAAUGAAAUAGAAGCAUUAAAAGAAGUUGCUACAAAUGAAGAAAUUUUUGAAGCAAAAGCUCAACAUUUAGAAAAAGAGAAUGCUCAAAAAUUUUCAACAUUAAAUAGUACCUUAAUGGUUGCUGCAGAAAAUUAUAUGGAAAAGUAUAAUGAAUUAAAUACAAAAGGUACAGCUAAAGGAAUGAUUAAUUUAGAUAAAUUAUAUAAUCUAGCUAAAGAAGGAAAACCAAUUAUAGCUUUUCCAAAUAUGUCUGAAACAUUUAGUAAUAAUACUUUAAAUGAAGAUAACAAUUAUUCAUCAUCAACUUAUCCAAAUCCAUUUGCUGAAAGUAAAAAUGAAGAAAAUAUUGACCCAUUUGCUAAUGUUGAAAAAAUAGAUAAUAAUUUUGAUGAUCCAUUUGGAGGGAAUGAUAAAAGUCAAGAUAAUGAUGACUUUUUUAAGAAUGAUCCAUUUAAUUGUAAUCAAACAACAGAUGAUAAUACAUUUAAUGAACCAUGGUCGGAGAUAAAAGAAAGUAAUUCUUUUAGUAACAAUAUUACUAAUGAUAAGAAAAACAAUAUAGAUAUUAAAGAAGGAGAAGAUAAUAAUAAAAAUAAUAAUUUGAAAAAUAGUAUCGAUGAUCCAUUUAACACACUACAAGAAAAUGAUAAAUGUUUAACAAAUGGUAACAUAACAAAAGAUAAUUCUAUAUUUAACAAAUCUUUUGAUAAUUUUAAUCAUAUUCAAACACCACAAAAUCAAAUAGAAAAUCCCUUUAGUAACGCAAAUAUAUCCUCAACGUCAGAUAAAUUUAUUGGAACAAAUAAUGGAAUGAAAUGUUAUGUAGCUAUUCAUGAUUUUGAAGCUCCAAAAGAUGACACUGAAGCAUUAUCCUUUAAUAUUGAUGACAUGUGUAUAACAAAUCAACCAGAAAAUGGAGAAUGGGUUUAUGGUGUUAUUGGUGAUAAAGUUGGUUAUGUACCAACAAGCUAUUUUAAAUUAGUAGAUGAUUUUACCACUGAUACUGAAACAAUUAAAAAAAUUGUAAAAAUUAUUGAAGAUGGAUUAAAAAAACAAAAUAAUGAAAAUCCAUUUGAGACUAAUGAUACUUCUGGACAUGUACAAAUUUAUUCCGAAAAUGAAAAUAAAAUUUCUAUUCAAGAUAAUUUUAAAGAACCAAUUUAUUGUGAAGCUAGAAUGAUAACAGGAUGGAAAUAUGAAUUUAAUGGAGAAAGUUGUUUUAUUAAACAGGGAGAAAUAUUACCUGUACUAGAACAAUUAGAUGUUCAAACAAAAAUUCUUCAUAAUGGAAGAGAAAUUCUUAUUCCUAAAGCAUUGUUAUCAACUAUUGAUGGUGGUUCAUUAAAUAAAAUUAAUAGUAAUUCAAUUAAAAAUAGUAUAUCAUCAAAUAGUGUUCAAAAUAGUUAUGUUAAACAAGGAAUAGGAGAAACAAGAAGUCUACAAGAAUUACAAGAGAAAAUUAGAACAGAUUUGACAUUUAGUGAUACUAAAGCAUCAAGAACAGAAGAACAUUUAGCUAGAUUACAUUCUCCAAGAUCAAGUGAAAAUAAAUUUGAUGUAACAUCAAAAAUUGCCAUAGCAGAAUAUGAUUUUGAACCAAGAAGUGAUGAUGAAUUAAGAUUUAAGAAAGGUGAGAAGAUUAUAGUUAUUGAUACAACAGAUGGAAGUUGGGGUCGUGGAUAUUUAGUAAAUAGUGCUGAUACUACACCAAUGUAUUUUCCAAUGAAUUUUACAAAUUGUAAUAUGUCUAAUCUAACAAUUAUCAAUCAAUCAUUGUACCAUGGUAAAAGGCAUGAUAAAUCCCUUGUUUCUGAUGACAGUCAUUUAAAAUGUAUGAAAGAAAUAUUAUCCACAAUGAAACAUGAUGAAGAUCCAAAUAGUGUUUUAGAAUUUAAACAAAAAACUCAUCAACUUUGUGCAAGAUUUUUAGGUGGUGCAUGGAAAAUUGCUUCACUUGAUGAAAUUAAAAUUGAUAGAAUAAAAGGUGGAAUGUCUAAUAUGUUAUUUUUAUGUUACUUAACUGAAUUUAGACCAAAGAUAAAAGCUGAACCUGAUAAAGUAUUAUUAAGAGUUUACUUUAAUCCUGAGACAGAAAGUCAUCUUGUUGCUGAGUCUGUUAUUUUUACUUUACUUUCAGAGAGACAUCUUGGACCAAUGUUAUAUGGUAUAUUUAGUGGUGGAAGAUUAGAAGAAUAUAUCCCGUCAAGGCCAUUAUCUACUAAAGAAAUUGCAUUUUCAACAAUAUCAAAUAAAAUAGCUAAAAGACUUGCUAGAGUACAUCAAUUAGAUAUUCCUAUAUGGAAAGAACCUGAUUAUCUUUGUGAUGCAAUGGAAAGAUGGUUAACACAAUUAUUACAAAAUAGUAAGGAUAAUGAAAUUAUAUUAAUUUCUGACAAUUAUAAUUCAUAUACUCCAAAUAAUCUUACUUACCAUGAUAUUUGGAAUGAAGUUGAAAAAUUACGUUUAUUAUUACAAAAUUGUAAAAGUGCUGUAGUUUUUUGUCAUAAUGAUUUACAAGAAGGUAAUAUUUUACUUCCAAAAGCAUCAUCUGGUAAUAUAAGACAAGAAUCAUUUUCUGGUGAUGAUACACCAUGUAAUACAAAUCAAUUACGUGCUUUUAAUCCAUUUGAUCCAAAAUUAGUUUUAAUAGAUUUUGAAUACGCAAGUUAUAAUUACAGAGGUUUCGAUUUUGCAAAUCAUUUUGUUGAAUAUUCAAUUAAUUAUGAUGUUGAUAGUUAUCCAUAUUAUGUCAUAACAGAAGAAGACUUACCAACUCAACAAAAAAUGAAAGAAUUUUUUAGAAGUUAUUGUAUUGAAUUAAAUCGAAAUCUUUAUGAAAAUGAUUUAGAAGAAGAGGCUGAAAAAAUGUUAAAAGAAACAAUACCAUUUAUUGCUAUAUCUCAUCUUUUUUGGGGAAUAUGGGGAUUAUUACAAGUUCAUGUAUCACCAGUUGGAUUUGGUUUUAAUGAAUAUGGAAGAGAUAGAAUUGGAUUAUAUUUUAAAAAUCGCAACCUAUUAGAGAAUUUAAAUGACAAUUAA